AUGGAUACUCAGUCCAAGUCCAAGAAGAAGACUUUGGAGAAAAAGAAAAUAUCUAAAAGUAAAAUAAAUAAAUCAGAAGUAAAAGUGGAAGGUAGUUAUGGUACAAGCAUAUGCAAUAUAGUUCAGAAUGAAGGGAAGGUAGUUAUGUAUGAGCUAAAUGAGGAAAAGGCGGUCGGGUACAAGCAGGAUGAUGAAGCACAGUCUUUACCGAAUGGGUUGAUUAUUGAAGAAUUGGCUAAGAGAGAUCCUAAAGGAAAAUUAACUCUACGUGGGAGAAAGGUCAGAAUUCAUUUCACUGCGAUGUUGAAGGAAAGUGGAGUAGUAUUUGAAAGUAGCGCUGGCAAAAAUCCUUGCAAAUUUCGCCUAGGUGAUGAAGAAGUAAAGGAUGGUUUUAAUAUGGGCAUUGAUGGUAUGAAUGCAGAAUCUUCUUUUGGAGAACAAGGAUUUGGUACAAGUGUACCUCCAAACUCAUGGCUGGUGUAUGAGGUUGAAUUGGAUGGCAUGCAACGUUAA